UCCCAGUUGACCAAGAACAAGUUCGUCGUGGUGGAGUUUGAUACCCGGGUCGAUUUCCACUUCAGCGACCCGAACGAGAACCACAUCGGGUUCGACAUCGACAGCCUGAUUUCGAUCAAGACGGCAGAUCCCCUCUCCCAGGGCAUCGAUUUGAAGAGCGGCGAACAAAUUACGGCGUGGAGGAGGUAG